AUUACAGUUAGUCAAUAAUAAAUCCAACAACGGACCCAUAAACAACUCAGUAGCAUGUGCGGCCCAGCAAAAGUAGCACUGCGACGUCUGCUGUUCUUCUCAAUCGUAGUGUGGCAACUGAGCUGCCGCAUUCCACUAACCAAUGGACAAAAUGUGACCAACGGGCAUCCAUUGCUAGAAGAGGAGAACUUGGUUGUGAUUGAGAGGUUUCUUGAGGUUAUGCAAAAGUUCCUAGAACAACACUUUCCAGCGAAUGACGAGCCAGUUACGACGACAAGUGAACCGGAAGUGGUGUUUCAGAAAAUGCCUUUGCCUGCGAAGAAAUGUUGUGGAAAAGGAAAAACUACUCCAAAACCAAUCACGUCAAAACCAACAACGCCGAAACCCACAACGCCAAAACCAACAACAACAACAACCAGCACGACUACCACAACAACACCACGUCCCACUAUAACCAGCACCAGCCCAGCGACAACUACAACAACCACAACCACAACAACAACGGAGAAGCCAAGAAAACGUUUCUGCUUUAAACGCAACUGCUUGAAGUUCAAAAAUGAUAAGGGCUAUAUAUUUUAGUUUUUUACUUCACAGUAGUUAUGCCAGUUGCUUGGUUUGUGUUGUAAUAAAUUAUCUAAACCAUUUCCGGUAAUAAUUGUGAGUUUUAUUAAAUAAAUAAAUGCAUGCCUCAAGCCGAAUAAAAGAA